CAUUUAAAAGUGGGCAAAUCAAAGUAUUAUUUUAUAGACUAUUUUUUUUUUAUAGAAUUGUUUUGAGUUGAUGUUCAAUAAGGUCAAAAUGAGGUCAAACCGCCCUGUGGAGUUCCCUGAUGACUUCUGGAUCCCUAUUCCUCUGGACACCGACAACGUCACAUCUCUGAGCCCGUACCUGGUUCCCCAGGAUCACCUUGGGAGCCCAGGGAUCUUCUAUUCGCUGUCAGCGUUCAUGUUCUUUUUAUUUGUGACGGGCACAGGCAUCAACACCCUCACCAUCGCAUGUACUGCUCAGUAUAAGAAGCUGCGGUCCCACCUGAACUACAUCCUGGUGAAUCUGGCAGUGGCCAACCUGCUGGUGUCCUCUGUGGGCUCCUUCACCUGCUUCUACUGCUUUGCCUUCAAGUACAUGGUCCUUGGACCGCUGGGAUGCAAGAUUGAAGGGUUUACAGCAACCGUCGGGGGUAUGGUGAGCCUCUGGUCUCUGGCCGUCAUAGCGUUUGAACGGUGGUUGGUGAUCUGUAAACCACUGGGGAACUUUGUGUUCAGGCCCAACCACGCUGUGGGCUGCUGCGCUCUGACCUGGGUGUUCGCUUUGGCCGCUGCAGUUCCCCCACUGGUCGGCUGGAGCAGGUACAUCCCAGAGGGUAUGCAGUGCUCCUGUGGUCCAGACUGGUACACAGUCAACAAUAAAUUCAACAAUGAGUCCUACGUCAUGUUCCUGUUCGGCUUCUGCUUUGCCAUCCCUUUUUCAACCAUUGUUUUCUGCUACUCCCAACUGCUUUUUACACUGAAAUCGGCUGCCAAAGCUCAGGCUGAGUCCGCCUCCACCCAGAAGGCGGAGCGGGAGGUGACCAGGAUGGUGGUGGUCAUGGUGCUGGGCUUCCUGGUCUGCUGGAUGCCCUACGCUUCCUUUGCUCUGUGGGUGGUGAACAACCGUGGGCAGCCGUUUGACCUGAGACUGGCCACCAUCCCCUCCUGUCUGUCCAAAGCCUCCACCGUUUAUAACCCCGUUAUCUACAUCCUCCUGAAUAAACAGUUCUGCUCAUGUCUGAAGAAAAUGUUGGGGAUGAGCAGCAGCGAUGACGAUGAGUCUUCAGCAGCUUCAUCGGCCACAGAAGUCUCCAAAGUGGGACCGGCUUAAACUGUUUAUGGUUCAUAAACUCACAUAUUGUAAAUAGCACUGAAUGGAAAGAGCGUAUAACAAAUAGCACUGUAAUGUUCUCAGGAAAAUAUAUGAUAUGCAAUGAAAAAAAUGUGAAAAAAUAAAGAAAUACACCAAUAAUGACAAUU